AUGUUUCCCAGAACCUGCACAAGACUUGUCACUCCUCUCCUGCACCGUCCAACACACCUCAGACGCCUCGCGACAUUGUCCAAAAUGCUGCGCACCAGCCCCAACAUCAUCAUCACCGGCAGCCCCGCCGUCGGCAAGACCACUCACUGCGAAGAACUUGCCCGCAAAACCGGCCUCCACCACCUCUCCAUCAACGACGUAGUCAAGAAACACAACAUUGGCGAGACCUCCAACGAUGCUGAAGACCCUCAAGUCAAGAUCGUCGACGAAGAUCGCCUUUUAGACUGCAUCGAGGACGACCUCGAGGAAGGUGGGCAGAUAAUCGAUUGGCACGCUUGCGAUCUCUUCCCAGUCAGUCUAAUCGAUUUGGUCUGCGUGGUGCGAUGCGAGGACACGAUGAAGCUGUAUGACCGUAUGAAGGCGAGAGGGUACGGGGAGAGGAAGCUGCAGGAGAACUUGGAUUGUGAGAUCAUGCAGGUUUUGCUAGAGGAGGCGAGGGAGGCGUAUGCGCCGGAGAUGGUGGUGGAGCUGAAGAGCGAGGAUGCUGAUGAGGUGGAGAGCAACGUCGAGAGGGUGGAGAAGUGGAUUGAGCAGUGGAGGAAGGAUCAUGGGAAGGAGGGGGAGGUGAAGGCAGAAAGCGAGGGCAAGAAGGAUGAGGAUGAUCCGAUGUUUUUGCAUGGUUGA